GCAUUAAGGAAGACUUAAUUCGGGAAUAUAUCACCAAACUAUCUUUGUGGAUUGAAGACAACUGGAAGAGGCAGUGCCGACUGGACUGGAUCGGAAUAAUGGAGACAGCACCAGCAAAAUCGACAGAGAAAAGGCAAGUCGUUUUUCUCGCUAUCUUGUUGCUUUUGUGGGAGUCUGGCUCGGAGGCAAUUCUAUAUUCCAUGCCAGAAGAGACUGAGAGUGGCUACUUGGUGACUGAUUUGGCAAAAGAUCUGGGAUUCAGCAUUGGGGAAAUGGCCACUAGAGGGGCUCGAAUCCAUCACAGAGGAAACAAAGAGCUCUUGCAGCUGGACACUGAGACUGGGAAUUUGCUCCUGAAGGAGAAACUAGACCGCGAGGAGCUGUGUGGGGAGACAGAUCCCUGUGUGCUGCACUUCCAGAUCAUACUGGAAAACCCUGUGCAGUUCUUCCAAACUGACCUGCAGCUCACAGACAUAAACGACCAUUCUCCAGAGUUCCCUCACAGAGAAAUGCUUCUAAAAAUCCCUGAGAGCGCCCAGCCAGGCACUGUGUUUCCUCUGAAGGCAGCCGAGGACCCUGACAUAGGGGGCAAUGCUGUUCAGAACUACACAGUCAGCCCCAACCUCCAUUUCCACGUUGUUACUCACAGUCUCACAGAUGGCAGCAAAAACCCAGAGCUGGUGCUGGACAGAGCCCUGGACAGGGAGGAGCAGCCUGAGCUCACUUUAACCCUCACUGCUCUGGAUGGGGGGACCCCUCCCAGGUCUGGGAUCACCACAGUGCGCAUUGAAGUGGUGGACAUCAAUGAUAACACCCCCCAGUUUGUACAGUCGCUCUAUGAGGUGCAGGUCCCUGAGAACAGCCCCCUCAAUGCCUUGGUUGUCAGGGUCUCUGCCACAGACUUAGAUGCUGGGAUAAAUGGUGAUGUAGCCUACUCUCUGUUCCAAGGUGGUAGAGCAUCUCAACCAUUUGUAAUAGAUGAAACCACAGGAGAAAUCCGUCUUAAAAGGGCAUUGGAUUUUGAGACAACUCCAUAUUAUAAGAUAGAAAUUGCAGCCACAGACACUGGAGGCUUUUCAGGCAAAUGCAGUGUAGCUAUACAGGUGGUGGAUGUGAAUGACAAUGCCCCUAAACUCACCAUAUCGUCGCUCACUAGCUCCAUCCCAGAAAACACUCCUGAUGCUGUAGUUGCUGUUUUCAGUGUUUCUGACCCAGAUUCUGGGGAUAAUGGAAGGAUGAUGUGUUCUAUUCCGAAUGAACUUCCGUUUCUUUUGAAGCCAACUUUUGAGAACUAUUACACUUUAGUGACAGAAGGAGCACUAGACAGAGAGAGCAGAGCCGAGUACAACAUCAUCAUCUCCGUCUCCGACAUGGGCACACCCAGGCUCACAACCCAGCACACCAUAGCAGUGCAGGUGUCCGACAUCAACGACAACUCCCCCGCCUUCACCCAAUCCUCCUACACCCUGUCUGUCCGGGAGAACAACAGCCCCGCCCUGCACAUAGGCACCAUCAGAGCCACAGACUCAGACUCAGGCUCCAACGCCCACAUCACCUACUCGCUGCUGCCGCCCAAUGACACACAGCUGGCCCUCAACUCUUUAGUCUCCAUCAACGCAGAUAAUGGGCAGCUGUUCGCGCUCAGGGCGCUGGACUACGAGGCUCUGAAGUCCUUCGAGUUCCGCGUGGCCGCCACAGACCAAGGCUCUCCAGCUCUCAGCAGCCAGGUGCUGGUGCGCGUGCUGGUGCUGGACGACAAUGACAAUGCGCCCUUCGUGCUCUACCCUCUGCAGAACGCCUCUGCGCCCUGCACAGAGCUGCUGCCCAGGACCGCGACUCUGGCCAGAACGCCUGGCUGUCAUUCCAGCUGCUCAAGGCCACGGAGCCCGGGCUGUUCAGCGUGUGGGCGCACAAUGGCGAGGUGCGCACCACCAGGCUGCUGA